AUGGGAUCAUCACUAUUUUUGUAUGAUAACUGGACAGGAUUAGGGGCAUUGUACAUCAUUGUGCCUCAGGAUUUUUGGAUAGAUGAGACCGCUCAUAAUGUCUAUGAUGUGGUCGAAGAGGAUAGCUGGAAUUUAGACAGACUGCCGGAGAUAUUACCUGAAAAGUAUGCUAUGCAUAUUGUAGAAAAAAUCAAACCGCCUAAUGUAUAUGAGGUACUUGAUGUACCUUAUUGGAUGCUAGAAACAAGAGGUUUCUUCAGUGUUAGAACAGCAUGGGAAUACUUGAGGAGGAGAGAUGAACCAAGGGUAGCAUACAAGAUGAUUUGGGUGAAGGGCUUACAAUUCAAAAUUGCAUUCUUUAUGUGGAAGGUCUGGAAAGUAAAAUUGCCUUUAGAUGAUUUUAUUAGGAGGCUUGGAUAUUGCAUGCCUUCAAGAUACUGGUGUUGCACACAACCUAAAGAAGAAACUUUACAGCACUUGUUCUUCAAAUCUGAUACUACAAGGAGUGUAUGGAGUUACUUCCUGUCGAGGGCAGGUAUUGCUAUGGAGGGGCUGUCUAUGCAUCAAGCUAUAAUCAAAUGCUGGACUGCCAAAGUGUGUCCUAGGUUAAAACCAAUUAUGCAAGCAAUGCCCUCGUGUAUAGUUUGGGAAUUAUGGAAGAGGAGGAACAACAUGAAAUAUGGAGAUGCAGUGUCAACUAAUCGAGUAAUAUAUCAAGUCUCAUCUACUCUUCAAGCACUUGUUAGAGUAAGGAAACCAGGAACGCAUAAUGUCCCUCACAAAUGGCAUGAUCUACUAUCAAUGAUGGAGAACUAUACCCCUAGAUUGAAGGUUGACAAAGUACUAUUGGAAUUCCCAGGUGAAGGCUGGCUUAAAGUAAACACAGAUGGUGCAUCUAGGGGGAAUCCUGGUAGAAGUGCAGUUGGAUAUUGUGUGAAAGAUGAAAAUGGUGACAUUGUGUUUGCAGCAGGGAAGGAAAUACAUGAAACAACAGAAACUGAAGCAGAGGCAAUGGCAAUUGUAGAAGCACUGAGAUUUUGUAGAAUGCAGCAAUACUUCCAGGUGGAGGAGAUCAUGCAGUUGUUUGAAGGUAGAAACAAUGUGGUAUCUCACGUUUUUAGAGAACGGAAUAAAUUGGCUGACCAUCUAGCCAAUUAUGCACUAGAUGCAGGUGAUAUUGCAUGCCAAGAAUUUUGGCAACUGGAUGUUCAAGGAAGGAGGAUUGUGAAUGAAUAUAAACUGAAAAGUUACUGUCCCAAUGUCCUAUUAUUUGAUGGACUCUCAGUUGGUGGUAUUAGUGCAAUGCACACAUUCCACUGGGGGGAAGUUAAAGGUAGACAAAAGCAUAGAAUCAAGGGAGAACACACUGCUAACCACACUGCUGCACAGUUUAGAGAUAUGCAGGCACCUGUUGCAAUCAAAUCUGGGAACAAAUGGGGUGUUAUGGAAUGA